GAGGAAUUUCUCCGUUAUCUCCUGUUUUAUCCAUUGACUCUGUGCUAGUCUUGAUGCAGCAGCUCAAGUCGCAGUAUAUGGCUUUGAAGAUGUUAAUAUACCGCUCCGGGCUGCUGUACUGUCUUGCGAUGUACCAGAGUGACUGCUGAUGGAUGCUGUUGAAAGCCUUCUUGAAAUCAAUGAAGUUGACGACAAGUGGUUUCUGAUAAUCUAGCUCUGCUCUGAUGUUCCUGAGUGUAAAGAUCCUGCUGCCUCAGAAACCUGCCUGUUCUUCACAGAGGGUACAGUCUACUUCUGCUUUCAAUCUGUGGAGGAGCACCAUGCUGAAGACCUUUCAUGCCCCUCCUUUUGUGGCAGUCAUUGAGAUUCCCUUACUUUUGUGGCUUAAUUGCCUCCAGUCAUCCAGAAUGUCCUCUGCAGUCUAGAUUUUGUUGGACAGGUCUGUGACCAUUAUCGUGAUGGUGUUUUUGCCAUGUUUCAAUAGCCCUUCUGGGUAUCUCGUUGACACUACUGCAUCCGUCAGCUCCCAUACGAACCUGCACAGCACCUUAGAGUUAUUCCAAUUUGCUGAUUCUUGUGCCUUUCUGCCUUUUAACUUUAUUCAUCCUGCAGCUCCUCUUCACGGCUUUAUCCAAUCAUCAUGUACUUCUCAUCGUCUUCUCCUCUUUGUUCAAUGCAUUCCUUUUCCUCUUGGCUAUUGAUUACAUCAGGAGGAAGGCGAUGCUGGGUGCAGACUUUGGAAUACCUUGACACCAGCACUGAUUGACGGACCUGAAUUUCGCAGCUGACACCGCCCUACUAGCUGAAGAAUCGCGUGCGCUCCAAGACAACCAAUCCUGAGGGUAGCGGCACCAAGGUUGGACCAUGCAUCAGCUGUAAGAAGACCAAGGCACCAAUCAGUGGGACAAGGCCAAGGUCAACAAGGCCCUCUCAUCACCAUCAGGCAACAUAACAUCGAGGGCAUCGACCACUUCCCCUACCUAAGAAGCAACAUUUCCAGGGAUGGUGAUGUAGAGAUUGAUGUCCACACAAGAAUCUGCAAAGCAGAAUUGGUCUUCCAAAGGCACCAUUGGUUCCAAUGGUUUGGACAUCCAACAAUGCCAUGAAGCUGCAACUCUACAUGUCCAUAACAGUACCAACUGCAAUCCAUGCCAGCUGUUAAGACCAAGCCUGGAGGGGUGAAUAAAUUCCUCUUUUCCACUCCUCAGAUUGGCUAUGAGCUUGGUACAUCAUGGAACAGAUCAAGCUUGUUGUAUCCAAUGCGAGAGCCGCCUACAAUCAGGGGAAAACCCGGCCUCUGGAAUUCCGAAUUCAGCAGCUGAAGGCGCUGGAGAGAAUGCUCAAUGAGAAAAAGGAAGAAUUCUUACUGGCACUCAAAAAGGACUUGCACAAGAAUGAAUUUGCUGUGGAGAUCUUUGAAAUUGCAGGCGUUCUGAAGGAGAUUACUGUGGCCAUGGACAAACUGCCCGAGUGGACUGCACCAGAGCACGUGUCGAAGAAUAUGAUGACAUUAAUGGAUACCGUUUAUAUCCAUCGGGAGCCUCUCGGAGUGCUUCUGAUCAUAGGGGCCUGGAACUAUCCAUUGGCCCUUGUGAUCCAGCCUUUAGUUGUGGCAAUCGCAGCAGGAAACGCCGCAGUCCUGAAGCCAUCGGAAGUGAGUGGGAAUACGGCCCAGUUACUGGGGGAGCUCCUUCCUCAGUACUUGGACAAAGACCUCUACCCUGUCAUUAAUGGGGGGGUGGAGGAGACAACUGAACUCUUGAAGCAGCAGUUUGAUCACAUCUUCUUUACGGGCAGUACCAACAUCGGCAGGGUUGUAAUGGAGGCUGCGGCUAAACAUCUGACCCCCGUGACCCUGGAGCUUGGAGGGAAAAGUCCGUGUUACAUUGACAGCGACUGUGAUCUGAACGUAGCCUGCAGACGCAUCGCAUGGGGGCGGUACUCUAACUGUGGACAGACCUGCAUCGCUCCAGAUUACAUCUUGUGUGAUAAAAGCAUCCAAGAUGAAGUGGUGAAGAAGAUCUGCACAAAUAUUAUCGAAUUCUAUGGAAAUGAUCCGCAGAAGUCCCCGGACUAUGGGCGUAUUGUCAACCAGCGGCAUUUUAAGAGACUGAUGUCUUUGCUGGAGGGAGUGAACGUGGUGUACGGUGGUCAGAGUGAUGAAGAGGAGCUUUACAUAGCUCCCACAAUUGUGACCGAUGUGGAUCCCGACUCCAGGAUUAUGCAGGAGGAGAUCUUUGGCCCAUUGCUGCCUAUAGUCACGGCCGGUAGUGCAGACGAGGCCAUUGGCUUCAUCAACAAGAGGGACAAGCCUCUGGCUCUCUACAUCUUCUCUCACAACAAAAAGUUAAUAAAGAGGAUGAUCGCAGAGACUUCCAGCGGUGGUGUAACCGCCAACGACUGCAUGAUCCAUUACACUGUCGACACAUUGCCGUUUGGGGGUGUUGGUGCAAGUGGCAUUGGGGCGUACCAUGGCAAAUUCGGCUUUGAGACGUUCAGCCACCGGCGUGCUUGUGUGCUGAAGUCGCUGGGUUUCGAAAACAUGAACAGUGUCCGCUACGCGCCUGCUACUGACUCGAAGCGAAAAUGGACCCUGUGGCUGAUGAGCAAACGUGGAGGAUGCACAACAAUGUGACUCGUUGCGAUUGCAGCACUGGGAUCACUGGGUGCCGCACAAAGUAGGGCUUUUAUCUUUACUACCUAAGGCACACAGGAGAUAAACAACACGACUACAUUACGUUGACCACCUGAUAAACCUGAGAGGUGAUGAUGUGUACUGAACCUCAGAUUCAUAGGGAAAAUUGGAGUUGAUCAAAAUCUGGGGAAAAACUGACCAAACUAGCAGGUCUCCAGUACCCUAACUCUUCCAUUUUGUACACCCCAAUAAACUAUUAUGCUUUUCCAAUCACAUUUCAAUGACCCUAGUGGAAGAGCUAGUACUGGCACAGACAAGAUAGGCCGUACUGUAAUUUCUCUGAUAUUCUUUAUCUGGUGUAUAUUAAGUUUUAACUGGUUAACAAUGACAUUAGUUUUGAACCAUGGUUUUUAUUUUUACUAACGUUUAAUUGCUAAUUCACUUGUAAUAAAUUUAUAGAUGGAGUGACAAGGUUAGUAGCUUACAGAUGUUAUACCCUCUCACUAUUAACUAGAUUUGUUCUGUAAAUUUGGAGAAGGCCAAACUGCAUUCGGAAUCCUGUUGAUCGUAGCCAAGUCACAUGCGUGUGGCACCUCAGCGGCCAGCCCUCUCCUGUACAGCAUUUCUCCUCCGCUCUUCACUGCACCCUCUCCCCAGACCAAGGAUGCAUGACUCACCCAAGAAGUGACAAUUAGAGGAGGAGCUCAGCAGUGUAGUGUUAUGGACAAUGGGAGGAGGAGCUCAGCAGUGUAGCAUUAUGGACAAUGGGAGGAGGAGCUCAGCAGUGUAGUGUUAUGGACAAUGGGAGGAGGAGCUCAGCAGCGUAGCAUUAUGGACAAUGGGAGGAGGAGCUCAGCAGUGUAGCAUUAUGGACAAUGGGAGGAGGAGCUCAGCAGCGUAGCAUUAUGGCGAGUAAUAUCCCCCACGAGGAAAGAUCAGUGCCUCUAUUCCAGCUCUCCUGCCUUGACACCCGACUUCUUUUUGAAGUCUCAGGCAGGCAAACGAAAACUUGGGCUAGUGGGACUGGCUGGGAGAAAUGUGAUCUAAAUUUACUGGGCCGCUCAACUGUUCUCUUCCUAACCUAUAUACUCCUGGAGAGAGAAAGUGUGUUAACGUUUCGAGUCCAAUAUACACUCUAUCCUUCACAGGGUCACAUCGGACUCGCACUGUUAACUCUGUUUCUGUCUCCACAGAUGAUGCCAGACUUGCUGAGUUUUUCCAGCCCUUUGUUUUUAUUUCAGAUUUCCAGCGUCCGCAGUAUUUUGCUUUUAUCCAUACUUACGGCCUUGGUCCUAGCACCCUGAGGUAUUUUUAGGAUGUGUCUUAUCUGUUAAAUUUUAUUAUACCUUCAAUGGUUGACCUUGAUUGGAUGGGUCUGAAAAUGCAACAGGGUCAGAGUAACUCUAGGCCAAAGCUGUCAGGAGCAGCUGUUUGAAUUCUCCACCUGCUAACUCCUGCCUUUAGUGCAGUCCCUGUCUGUCAAAAGAAAACAGUUGUGGACUGCAGUUGUUUAUCAGACUGCUCGGUCAUAUGACUGUGACCUUUUUUGCUUUCCCAAUUGUAAUCCAGAAAUUCAUUGUUGAGAAUGCCCUUUUGCACAUUAGACUCCGUUGUCACGAGAUGCACACUUCUAUCAGAAGGUUCUAGUUCCACUCCAGAGACUUGAGCACAGGAGUCGAGGCUGACGCUGCUAGUGCAGUGGGGAGGGAGUGCUGCAUUCUUGGUUGGUGUUAUCUUUUGCAUGAACCAUUAAAAGGAGUUCCUGACUGCCGUCUCAGAGGGAUAGAAAAGAUCCCAUGGUGCUGCUUUGAAGAAGGGCAGGGGAGUUAGCCCUGAUGUCCUGGCCAAUAUUUAUCCCUCAAUCAACAUCACAAAACCACAUCACCUCAUUGCUGCUUGUGAGAGACUGAUAUGAACAGUUUGGUUGCUGUGUUUCCUAUGUUGCAACAGUAAUUGCACUUCAAGUACAUAAUUGGCUGUGAAGCGCUUUGGGAAGUCCUGAGGUCAUGAAAGGUGCUGUAUAAAUGCAAGUCUUUUGUUCCAAAGUAGUCUGGCUCUAAUUUUAACAGCUUGCCCCCUUGUUCCAUGGAUCACCCCACAAUGAGAGUAUAGUUUAUUCUUAUCUACCCUGCCAAAUUCCUCAUCAUUUUCAACAGCUAGUGAACACAUGCCAAGUUUAUGUCCUCUGAAUUUAGCCCUUGCUAACUGAAUUGGCGUUGUAUCUGUCCUGAAGUCUGUAUAACUCUCCUGAGAUUUUUCAAGGAUGAGAUGAGCUUGUGACAAAGGCAAUGCCCUCACUACGAUGUUAUAGGCCAGGGGUUCUUCCUCCUGUUUUGCUUUGAGUCCCUUGCACUGCCACCCCGCAGCAAUUCCUGUGCUUUUAAAAGUUUCAUGUAACACAACACAAGUCACAAGUAUCUUUUCUGUAUUAAAAAUUACUUAUAUAAUUAAA